UUUAGCAGCAUCGGUAAUACGGUAAUACGUUACUUCUUCUCUCCAGUAGAAACAAAGUGGACUGCCUGCGCAUGCGCUGUGCCGCUUUCUUUUCGCGGGCCGUGGUUACACACCUGGAUUGCUAAGUACCAGUUGGUCUGUGACGCAAUACUUCGCCUCCAAAUCGUACAUCAUCGCGCGUUUCCGCUACUUCUCUGGCAUCUGUCGCUGACGUCAGCGGCACCGAGCACCAGCAGGUCCGGGGGAGCUUGAAGAGGAGAUGAUGGCGACCGUCAUUCCGAGUCUCCUACAGGCCAUUUGAUUUUGUAGGCUCGGACUCCGACCAACGAAGCCGCUCCACGAUGGAGGGACGAGCUCCUCCCGACCAAGAGCAGCUCUUCCAGUUCCUCAGGAGGCUUAAGGAGGUGUUCGACGUGUGCGACGAGGAUGCGGACGGCUUCAUCCGGGUGGAGCACCUGGUGGAUCUUGGGCUUCAGUUCGGUCAAGGAGACGAGGUGAAGAAGUUAACCAGAUACUUGGAUCCUAAAGCUAAUGGGAAAAUCAACUUCAAAGACUUCUGUGAUGGAGUGUUUGCUAUCAAAGGUUGUGACGAGAUACUGAAAAUGGCAGCGGAUCCUCAGAGCGCUGCUUCCAGCCGAUCCUCUGUGACUGACAAUGGUUACAUCUACCAGAACGGCGUGGCCAAGCUGGGCCCACCCAUCGUCAUGUGCACCCAGUCCUACCCAGACUUUGAUGGGUACGGUGAGCGUUCCAGUGCCGAGAAGGAGUGUGACAUGGACAGCAGCACUGAGAAUGGAAACGCCUUGGAUUCCUUGGACCCGGGAAAACAGAGCCGAAGCCAGAGAGGCACAACAUCUGCGCCAGGUAUCUCUGGAGAGGAGCAGUUCGAGGACUACGGUGAGGGGGAGGAUGUGGAGUUUACACCCAGCAGCCCUUGCCCUGAAGAUGACACCCGAACCAAUGGCUUCUCAGACCUAGGAUCCUCACUGCCCUCCAGUGGGGGACAGACUCCCCAGAAGAUGCAACAGUUGUAUAACAGUGAGCUGCUGGACAUUUACUGUUCACAGUGCUGCAAGAAAGUGAAUCUGCUCAAUGACCUGGAGGCUCGACUUCGAAACCUUAAGGCCAAUAGCCCUAACAGGAAGAUUACCAGCACAGCGUUCGGACGUCAGCUGUUUCAUGCCAACCACACCGUGUUUGGGUUCAGUCGGGAAAGCAGCACUGAGGACCUGUUCGCAGACAGCAUCGACUCCUGCGACCUUGACAUAACAGAGAAGGUUGGUUAUCUGGAAAAGAAGGUGACUGAACUGGAAAGCGACAGUCUGGCCAACAAUGACCUGAAGUCUAAACUCAAACAGGAAAACACACAACUCGUUCACAGGGUCCACGAACUGGAAGAACAGGUGAAGGAUGCAGAGGCGAGAGCAGAUCAAAACCUGGAGGAGGAAAUGAAGAGACACCGGGAGACGUACAGCAAGAUGGAAAAAGACAGAAACCUGCAGAUAGACCUGCUCUCUAACAAAAUACAGCAGUUAGACGAUGAUAAUAGAGAGAUGAAGUCAAAUGCCUGUAGACUCAAGUCCCAGACUGAGAAACUCGAUCAGGAAAAACAGAGGAUGACAGACAAACUGGAGGACACCAACCUGAGGCUGAAAGACGAGACCGACCUUUACAGGAAGAUAAUGGACAAGCUCUGGCAAAAUCGUCACGAGUACCAGAAAGAAAAACAUUCCAUGCAGGAGCUGAUUGAUGAUCUGCGCCGGGAGUUGGAGUAUCUGCAGUUAUUUAAGAUGGAGAUCGAGCAUCCUGGAAAAGGCAAAGGUCUAUCUGAGUUCAAUGCCAAGACCAGGGAGAGUGAAAUGGAGCAUGAAGUCAGGAGACUAAAGCAGGACAACUAUAAGCUGCGGGAUCAGAAUGACGACCUCAAUGCACAGAUUCUGACUUUAAGUUUGUAUGAAGCAAAGAACCUGUUGUCUUGUCACACCAAGGCUCAGUGCCUGGCGGCUGAGAUUGACAACGCAUCCAGAGAUGAGCUGGUUGAUGCUUUGAAGGAGCAGGAGGAGAUCAAUCUGCGUCUGAGGCAGUACAUGGACAAAAUCAUCCUGGCCAUUCUUGACCAUAACCCCUCCAUUUUGGAAAUCAAGAAUUAAAUGACACACAUGCACGUUGCCCUCUGUGUAGUAUUGAAGAGGUGAGGAUCUUCUAUUACCUAAUAGCUUGCACCCUAAAGUUGUACAUACACACACACACUUCACAUAGUUGUUGGACACGCGUUGCUUUCCUCCCCUAAAUGUAACAAUCAGAUUCCUGUUGAGCCCAAAAUGGAACUUGUUCCAAUUAAAAACCUUUGAGCCAAAAGGUCCCUACAGUCAAAGUAGAAAUCAUAAGGGGCUGUGUCUCUGCAUCACCAAAGCAGUUGAUGCUUGUAUUUAGAAAAACUAAACAGGGAAAAUAGUAAGUCAUUGCAGAGACACCUGUGACACAUGUUUUAUCAUUAGAUAUUUAUAAAACACUGAUAUGGAUUAUAAGAAAUAGAAACGAGAGGUGUUUAAAAUGCUGUUCCAGUGUAUUUCAUGUUUACUAAAAUGACUGAAGCACUUUUUUUGUCUGCACUUUUAGUAGUUUGUGUUCAGUUUGAAAUGUGUAACAGUAAUGAGCUUUCACAUGUAUGAAAAUGAUAUAAACUAUCUGAGGUCAUCGUUUCACUUAGAUUCUUUAGUUCACUUUCUGGGCUGUUCUGAAUUCUCUUCAUAUGUGACACUGUGGUGUAGUCCCCACUUCUAAAAGGCCUGGGGUGAAUCCUGUGUCCAUAUAUGUGACAGCCAGCGGCUUGUUAUGAAGAUGUGGAACAUAAUUUAAAUUAUAUAAUUAAAAGAAAAAUAUUGCUGCUAUAAUUAGAGACAGAAAAGGCCUGGGAGACAACAUUCGACUGGCUAAACGUGUAUGUAGUCCAGCUGUAAUUAGAGAAAUAGUCAAAAUAUUGAACUGUUGGAGCUCAUUGAGCCUUUCAUUGGACAACUGGCAGAAUAUAUGUAACUUUAGGAGAAUGUUAAAGCUCAUUCACAGAGCACUAUUUGUCAUUUGAAUUCAUUUUUACCUCCUAGUGUAGUUGUAUUGAUUAAUGUAUUUAUUUAACCAAAUAUAUAAUGUGAUCAGUUUAUAUAACCCGUUCAUCAUUAUCAUUAUUAUUAUUAUUAUUAUUAUUAUUAUUAUAUUUUCCUUUUUAGAACAAAUAAAAGACAAGGACAUUUUGCAGGCUCAGAAGCAGACCACUAAUUUACACUAAGUCUGAAUGGUAACCAGACUGCCCCAAGUCAUGGAUGAGUUUGACCAGGAAAUCUGGAAAAUCUCAAUUUAAGCUUAGCCUAAGUGAAUGAUGAAUUUAUGCCUGGGGGUUAUGUUUCACUUUAAGUAGGGGGUGGGUGCAGGCAUUAUCCAGGAUUCAAUAUAGACCUCGGAUUUUGGAACCUUUUUAAAUUGACAUCAGUUGUUGGGCUUCAUGAAGUGCAGCCUAGGAUGGUUAAUUUUUUUUUUGAUCAAAUUCUUCAAAAUCUAUUUAGUUCUUGGGGAGUGAUCUUCCCCUUUUUUCCUUUUGUUUUGUAAUUGAUGGAAGUAUUUGCUACAUCUCUUGGCAUAGUCCUUUUCUCUGGGCAGUCUCUACCUGAAAUGCUGAUUUAUUGUUAAAUAUGAAAUCUGUUGCGCUUUAAUGUUGAAUUCUGAUUCAUAUAACAAUGAAUUUAGCUGUGCUGUGUUGCUAAAUAUAUAGCAUAUGAGACCAGAAAUAGUUAAUAACUAUUCAUUGAACUUCCAAGGGACCAUGUAGUGCAGUGUCAAAUGUCACAAAUAGGUUCUGUCAUAAAAAGAUUUACAAAUGUGCCAAAUGUAACUUUUUCACCGUGUUUACAAAGUAAAGUAAAUCAUGUCUUACAUCUCUUAAAGCAACAUGGCAAACAAGUUAAUACAUUUACACACUGAAAAUCUGAUCAGUGCUGUGAACUAGUCUCACUUCAACUAAAAUAAUUUAUUUAUUUUUACUGUCAUUGUACAUUUUGUACAGAAUCGACUUUGUCCAUGUGCAGGUCUGUCCACUCAUCACGUCUUUGUAGUUGACACAGUAACUGUGUUACUCACUUCCAGUAUAUAUAUAGCACACUUGGUGUCACAUCUUCAGUACUGACCUGGAACAAUUAUAUUAAACGUGAUGAAAACAAUGUUGCACAUGUUCAUGAUAGUCAUUUUGCAGUCUUGAUGUGUAAAUAAAAACUUCUUUGUCA